UGAUGUGGGCGGUGCGAAACCUCCACGUUAAGGCGAGAAUCUGAUGCCGCUUGCAGCGCCGCGUGUCGCUAUAUGGCCACCCCCUCUCCCACUAUAAAACCUGGAUGUCGCUAUCGGCUAGUAGCUUACCUUAAUCCACACGUAUACUCACUCAUUAAUCUACCUAGGACCUAGCUUGCUUAUAUUGUCUGUUAAAUUAGUUUCCUCUUCAUCAGAUCAGUUUGGUGUUUCCGGCCAUCUCAAUCUCCGAUCCCUUAGGCCUUAGCUUUUAGAUAGAAUCCAUCCAUCAUCAUGGGCCGUUCAUGGACUUUGAUCACCCAACUUCAUGCCAUUGCAGGGCCGGCUACCACCUUGCUCUAUCCUCUGUACGCAUCAGUUGUAGCGAUAGAGAGCACAUCAAAAUUGGACGAUGAGCAGUGGCUUGCUUAUUGGAUUCUCUAUUCUUUUCUUACUCUCGUGGAAAUGGUUUUCCAACCCAUACUUCAAUGGAUACCAAUUUGGUAUGAUGUGAAGUUGGUAUUUGUGGCAUGGCUGGUGCUGCCACAGUUCAGGGGAGCUGCCUUCAUAUACGAGACGUUUGUUAGAGAAAAGGUGAUAAAAAAAUAUGUACCAAAUUUGCUGCAAAGAUCACCAAAUGCAAAGGCCAAAGCCAAAUUGUGACUUUCGUUUCUCCUAACAAGGUCGGUCACAAGGGAGGGCAGGAAGCCUACUGAGAAUAGAGCAAUAUGAUGUUUGGUGGACCGGCAACUUCGUACUAGGAUCAUAUAUAUCAUUUUGCCAUCUUCUUACAUUAACCUGUACCUGUGUAUCACCAUCAGUCGUCACAUUAAAAAAAAAAAAAGCUGUAAAAUAUCAGAUCUCUUCUCACUAAUAAAUUGAUGUUCUCCAUUCUUCCUGUCA